AUGACGGUGGAAUUCGGCUUCGUCGGCAGAGGAAACUCGAAUUUCUUCUUCACUUCAAGUCCAUACCAUGAGAUUUUUCUGUUUGGAGGUCCGUGGGGAUGGAGGAAGGAGACGACGAUNUCCAGGAAAAUUGGGUUGUUGAGAUGUGUCAAGCGCCACCCUGCCGGAAAAAAAAAAUUGUCGAAGCUGGGAAACGAUUUUGCAUCUGCCCGUUGGAUAGCCGACUCCGGUGCUCGAGCUUCUUCUGCCAGAAUCGCACCUGAUUUACAUCGAAUUAAAGAGAUAUUAAGCUCUAUUUUAGGCAUGGAGGAAACGAGGCUGCCUUUCUUCAACACGGCCGAUUUCGACGAGCAGUUACCGGAAAAGAAACGUUGUCUCACUCCUGAGCAG